AGCGAUACCAUCACGUGAAGCCUUCGCAGUUCAUCUAUCCGGACGAGGCACCGGUGCGUGGCAGCAGCCCGUCUCUUCGCUGCGCUCCUGCAGAAGUGCGAGGAGAGGACGUCGUCGCCGUGUGGCAGUACACGGCUCGACGGAACACCCCGCCGCGAUUCGUCGCACUGCUGCCUCCGAAAGAAGAGAUGGACGAACACAAGGUACAAGUGACUCCCCCUGGUUUCCACGUCGUCUUCCUGCCGUUUGCAGACGACUUGAGGAAGCUGAAGCUGCAGGAAAUGCCGAGAGCUAAUGAGGAGCAGAUUGCGAAAGCGAAAGUUGUCAUCAAGAAAUUGAAGAUAAUCUAUUCUCCCGAGUCGUUUGAAAACCCGGUGUUACAGAAACAUUGGCGCAACAUUGAAGCCUUUGCACUAGAGAGAGAUGCACCGGAAUCUUUCGUAGACUACACAGUUACCUGAUUAAUAGAUGAUGAGAAGAGAGCUGGGCGACA